AUAAACCAGUGAUCAGCAAUGAACACUCUCAAGAGACUUCUCCCAGCAGCUGUGCUCUCUUUGAUUGUACUGAACAUGUUUGGUAAUACACUAUCAGCUGCAGCAUACAGAGACUGCUGCCUCGCUUAUUCAAAGAAACGACUGCCACAAAAAUUGAUCUCUGGUUACAUGGAGCAAAAAUCCAAUGAAAUAUGUGAGAUAGAUGCAAUUAUAUUCUACACCGUCAGAGGAAGAGCAGUGUGUGCAGAUCCUGAGCACCAUUGGGUGAAGAAAGCACUGAAUUUUUUGAGCAAAAAGCUGAGAAAAAUGUCACAAGAUUGAGCCACGUCUCGAGGAAAGAAGUUGGCUGCAUUUAGCUGGAUUUAUUUCAAGAAUCCACCCUGCAUAGUAUCUAUGCCCAGACAAUAGAAGUUUAUUAAAACUUCCGUAAUUUGUAUCAGUCACAAUUGACGUGUAAGCCACUUUAUUUUUAGUAUGUUCGACUGAACUUAAUGAAGUAACUUAACUGUAUAUUCUUAUUUAAUUUUUUGCUACAUCAUUCUGAUUGUGAAUUAAAUGAUGGUGAUUGUAAUAUUAUCACCUGCAUGUGUGUCAGUCAAUCUAUGUUUAAUUUAUUGGAAAGUGAAAGAUGCCAAGGAAUAUCUCAGAGUUCAAGUAGCACCGUGUUAAUUGCCACCUCUGUGUAU